AUGGAGAUUUACGAUCUUUUGAGCCACAAACAGCCUAGGAAAUUGACUAUAUCAAAAGCAGACUCUAGCCUACCAGAAGUACCUACGCGGGAAACCUUGAUUACUGAGAGGUCUGUGGUCAAUCAAGAAUCGCAAAAUAUUGUAGAUCUACCUUCAAGAGCUCAUUGGAAGCCGUAUUCUAGCACUACACUUUGUGGUCAAAAAGGCUGUUCUAAUGUUUUUGGUGUGCUUAUAUUUUGUGAUAGACACUGCUCAGAAAGUAUUCGGUUGGACAAAAACGCUUUAUUUAAUUCUAAAGGGGUUUUAUGCCGUGGAUGUGAUAAGUGCGUAUUAUAUUACCUUUGGGAAAUACUCAGAACCAAAAAGGGGUGUACGGACGAAGCAGACAUUGCACCCAAUACACGAGAUAAGCAUCGUAGCAUCAUGACACUUGAACCGCAAGCAAUGGAAGGCAUAAUGGAAAUUGGACGGGAUGAUAUCAUUCUACCUGCUCCGGUGUCAGAUACUGAAGGUGGAUACUUGUUAUCGUUAGGCAAAUUUGACCCAAUUCCAUAUUCUGCUCUGGAUGGUUGGCAGUGGUCAACAUUCUGA